CGGAUUAGUACUCGGGGCUCUCGCUGUUGUUGAUCUGUCACACUGCACAUUGUCUGUCACACAUUCUAUUUCACGUGUCCCCUCACAUUUCUGUUCCUCCGGCCAAUCAGCGCGCUGAGGGCGGAUCCAGGUAACUGGGACAACCAAUGAUCGCCCCAGUGGGCGGGGGAAUAAAGGACUGCACUCACGUGUAGCACGGAAUGGUUGGGAGAAUCUGCGAGUGAAAGAAUCAGAAGAGGAGGAGAGAGGAGAGGAGAGGAGAGGAGAGAGAGGACCGACCAUAGAGGAGGACAGACUGACAUUCCUUCCCUCUACUUCUCUGCAGGAAUUCUCAUCAUAUAUAGAAAACUAUGUGACCCCCCUGAGCCCAUCACCCACCAAUAUCUUCACCCCCUGAGCCCAUCACCCUCUGAACACUCUGCUAGCCUGAGCCCAUCACUCUCCACACUAUCGUCUUCAUUCUACAUCUAUUCUCUGGUCCCUCACAACACUGAUUGGCCAAGACGGAGGGGAUGAACGGAUCCUGCGAGCCCCCUCCCCCUCUCGCGGAGAGGGGGAGGAGAACACGGGGGGCGCGGGAGAUGGAGGGGACUCAGCAGGACGAGACGGACACCAACAGCCACGGAUCCAGCGGGAACGAGUCCAACGGGAACGAAUCUCGGCAGAGCCGGAGCUCCCACAGCAGCACGAGUGGCAAUGGGAAAGAUUCGGCCAUGUUGGAGGCGACCGAGAGCAGCAAGAGCACAAACUCUAACAGCCCCUCGCCUCCCAGCAGUUCCAUCGCAUACAGUCUCCUGAGCAAUAGCUCCGAACAGGACAACCCUUCCACCAGCGGCUGCAGCAGUGAACAGUCUGCCAGGGAGAAAAAUCAAAAAGAAUUAAUGAAGGCCUUGAAGGAACUGAAAAUCCGCCUGCCGUCCGAAAAAAGAAAAGGCAAAUCUGGGACUCUUGCCACACUGCAGUACGCACUUUCCUGCGUCAAGCAAGUCCGAGCUAACCAAGAAUAUUACCAGCAGUGGACCAUCGAUGAGUCCCAGCCAUGUAGCCUGGACAUGUCCAGCUUCACUAUUGAGGAGGUGGAAAGCGUCACAUCGGAGUACACGCUAAAGAAUCCUGACACAUUCGCUGUUGCUGUCUCCUUUAUCACCGGCCGCAUUGUCUACAUCUCUGACCAGGCCUCCCAUAUCCUGCAUUGUAAAAGAGACGUGUUUAAAGGAGCAACUUUUGCUGAGUUUCUGGCCCCGCAAGAUGUCAGUGUCUUCUAUGGGUCUACAGCACCUUAUCACCUCCCAUCCUGGAGCAGCUGCAUAUCUGGAGAUACGGCCUCAAUGGACUACACUCAGGAAAAGUCUCUUUUUUGUCGGAUCAGUGGGGGCCGAGAGCGGGAUAUGAACAUCCGCUAUCACCCUUUCCGCCUCACCCCUUACCUGAUGAAGGUGCGAGAUCCGGACAACGCUGAGGGGCAGCCCUGCUGUCUGCUAAUCGCAGAGAAGAUCCACUCUGGAUAUGAGGCACCACGAAUACCUCCAGAUAAGCGUAUUUUCACCACCAGGCAUACGCCCAGCUGUGUGUUCCAGGAGGUAGAUGAGAGAGCUGUCCCUCUCCUCGGCUACCUCCCGCAGGACCUUAUCGGUAUGCCUGUUUUGUGUUUCAUUCAUCCUGAGGACCGGCCACUCAUGCUUGCCAUACACACUAAAGUCUUACAGCAGGCCGGCCAGCCUUUCAGCCACUCUCCCAUCCGCCUGUGCGCACGUUCUGGGGAGUACGUCACCAUCGACACAAGCUGGAGCAGUUUUGUCAAUCCGUGGAGUCGCAAAGUUUCCUUCAUUCUUGGAAGGCACAAAGUUCGCACAAGUCCUCUCAAUGAAGAUGUCUUUACUGCUCCCAAAGGGGCCGAAAUGAAGCCUCUAGACCCAGACAUUCAGGAACUGUCCGAGAAGAUCCACAGGACAUUGAUGCAGCCUGUACAUAGCACGUCCUCUGGUGGUGGGAAUGGUAGUGGCGGCAGCAACGCAUCUCAAGAACCAUUUCACUGCAAUGCUUCAUCCAGUGACAGCAACGCCAUGGUCAUCGAGGAGAGGAGAGAGCCCAAACCUAUGACCUUUCAGGAGCUUUGCCACAAUGUCCACACAGGGAAGAGUGGGGGCCAGCAGACCUUCCUGGGCUCCAGGGUCAUACGACCACCUCACCGAGGACAUUUUCAAGCUCUCGCUCCGGCUCGCACGGUCCCUCCAGCCAGCAUAGACAACACUCCUCCUGACACGGCGGCUCCUCGAAUCCCUGAAGAGCUGACUCGAAAAGAGACCUCCAACUAUUCCUACCAGCAGAUCAACUGCCUGGACAGCAUUAUCAGGUACCUGGAGAGCUGUAACCUCCCCGGCACAGUGAAGAGGAAAUGUGGCUCCUCAUCGUACGCCUCGUCCACCUCCACCUCAGAGGAGGAGAAACAGAGGACCGGGGAGAGCGAUAAGGAAGAUCCCUCGGCUGGCCCACCACAGCGGCAGGAUCUGCCUCCUCCACCCACACCAGCAGCAGUGGGCUCCUCGCCUCUGGCUCCUCUACCCCCCAGCAAGGCAGAGAGCGUGGUGUCCAUCACUAGCCAAGGAAGCUUCAGCAGCACAAUUGUCCAUGUGGGAGACAAAAAAGCGCCAGACUCGGCUGAAAUGGUGCCUUUGGAGGAGUCCCCGUGCCCAGCAGCCCCACCACCUCCACUGCGACCGCUGGGGCUGACCAAAGAAGUCCUCUCUGCCCACACUCAACGGGAGGAGCAAGCCUUCCUAACCCGCGUACACAACCUCAGCCAGCUGCGGGUGUUUGACCCUGUUCCUGCGGGAGCAUGGGAAGAGCAGAGCCAGCGGGGUCCUAGAGGAGCUAAGCCCUCCCGAUCCCACCAACACCACCACAGCUCUGCCAGCAAUCCUGCCCCCCCAUCGCGAGAGGGGACAAAUAAUGGAGGUCGUCGGGGCAAAAGCCGAAAAUCCAAAGCAAAGCGGCCGAAGCAAGGCAUACAUUUGUCACCCACUUCCAUGCCAACGACCAACCUCCCCGAGGCUCCUCUCCUACCUCCUCCACCUCCAGUCAUCCCUGGUUACCCAUUCCCUAUGUUCCCCCCACGACCUCCUGCUCCUGAACCAGCCCCAUCCCUCCCGAGAUACCCUCUUGUCACACCCAUUGUUGCCCUUGUACUCCCCAAUUAUCUUUUCCAACCUCCCCCAGUGGCACCGCCCUUCUUUCCUGGAGUUCCAGGGUUUCCUACCUUUAAUCCCACCUCCGAAGCUCCCACACCAGCCUCUGAAGCCCCUCCUCCCACCCCAGCUCCUCCCACCCCCGUGGCCACCUGCCAACCCCCUCCUCCUUCCCGCUCCUCCUCCCCGCCCCAGCGGCUCUUCCCGUCACGGUGCAGCUCUCCGCUCCAGCUUGACCUGCUGCAGAUGGAGGAGCUGCCGCAGCUCAGUACUGGAGGGGGAGGACCAGGAGGGGAGCUGGAGGAGGAAGGAGGAGCAGCCGCUGGCAAUGCUACCGCUGGAGGGCCCAACCAGGGGUCAGCAACUCGAGAAGAAGACAGACAGCCGGAGAACUGCAUGGGUGAUAAUCAGGAGUCCUCGUCCCACCAUGAUGCUCUCUCGAGUUCUAGUGAUCUUCUGGAUCUCCUCCUCCAAGAGGAUUCCUGCUCUGGCAGUGGCUCGGCCGUUUCUGGUUCCAUGGGCUCUAAUGGAGGCAGCACGUCUGCAUGUGGCACCAGGAGCAGCGAGAGCAGCAAUACCAGCAAAUACUUUGGGAGCAUCGAUUCAUCGGAGACAGAUUUGAGGGUUAAAAAGGCAGAGCGGGAAGAGGCCGAGAGGAAAGUUAUCAGAUAUGUCAUGCAGGACCCACUGUGGCUACUGAUGGCGAAUGCCGACCAUGAUGUGAUGAUGUCGUACCAGAUCCCCUCAAGAGACAUGGAAAGUGUCCUUAAGGAAGAUCGGGAGAAGCUAAAGCAACUCCAGAGAAACCAGCCUAGGUUUAGCGAGGAGCAGAAGAGGGAGCUGGGGGAGGUCCAUAGCUGGGUCAGAAGAGGACGAUUACCGCAUGUCAUCAAUAUCACUGCCUGCACAGGUUGCUCUCCGGAUGCACCUCCAUACGAAGAAGACCUGGACCUCUCGAUAAUGAUGGAAGAGGGAGGAGAGUGCACAGAGGGGGGAGAAGAGGCCAGGGCUAAAACGACGGCAAGCUGAAAAGCCUCCUUGCUUCUUCUGAGCUGAUCAGUGACAAUCCUAAGCUGCCUUAUAGACAAUCUUGCCAGUGAUUCACUUGCUAGAACUGCUGGAGCGCCCACGCACUGCCGCUGGGAGGGGCUGGAAGAUGGACCAAGCUGCAAAGGUGACAUUUCCCGUCUUCUCCGCUCUGAUUCAGCCGCAGUGGAUUUCCACAAUACGAAGUUUGGGUUUCGCAGAACCUCUAAGUGCUAUCCUCGUGGGCUACAAAAAAUAAACUAGAUGGCUUAACCAGGCCACCAUUGUGAAGGAUGAAAGGGAUCGGAUGAAUGUGUUUAUUUUUCCCUAUAUAUAUUUUUUUAAUUUAUCAUCUUGUGAAAGUUAGGGGAAAGAAAAUGCUUUAUGUUUUGGGCUGCUGGUCAACGUGCCGUUGUCCGCUGUUCGAACAGUUUUUGUAAAUAAAGAUCUGUUGUUUUUUUAUUCCUUA